AGGUCCUGUUCAAAAUCAGCUGAUGCAUUCAUCGGAUGGCCAGGGAUACAGCCCCUCAGUUCCAGGAUCGUAUCCGCAUCAGAUGCUGGCGAAGGUUCCUCCACAUCAGGCUUCUGGACAGUAUAACUAUAGCAGCUCUCAGAAUGUUUCUCAAUUAAACAAUUAUCAAGGACCUGGGCAGACUCUCAAUAGACCACCAGUGGCACCUUUCUCUGGGUCACCAGUACAGCAAACAGGUCCUGGUCCACAAGUGCUGCCGCCUCCGUUGCCAAACUCAGCUGCUAUAUCAUCUGCUGGUGGCUUUCCUCCUGGAGCAAGCCCACCAGUGCUCUCAAACUGGCAGUAUGGCCAGACCCCCGUGAGCCAGCCCGGUGGGUCUCAAACAAGCCAUUUGGCUCAGGGGACGGGGACAGGGUCAGCUCAGCCACCCUCGUCUUUAUCAGGAAAUACAAAUCCUCCAGGAAGUUAUCAAUAUGCUGCUUCUCCGGGAGGUCCUCCGCUGCAGAACAGCUACAUGAAGCCAGGCUCUGCACCUCCACCAGUGACUCAGCCUUUAACUCCACUCCACCCCCCUUCGAGGCCACCGUUAGGACCCCCACCAGUUGGUGGCCCGCCUUUAAUUAGGCCGUCAACACUGGCAGCAGGAGCACCUAAUACACAGUCUCUGCUAAAUUCAGCUACAAAUCGUGAAGGUGAUCCCAGCUCUGCUGCCAGCGACGGGUCUGCGGUGCAGAACAGCUACGAUGCCAUAGAAGGUGGUGGCCUCAUGGCAACUCCACAUCCUUCUCCUGCACCCCCAAAUCUCAAGAUGAACAGAAGUGUUGGAUAUUCUUACCCUGCCUUACCUCCGGGCUACCAAAACACUUCUCCACCCGGAGCACCAGGAAUACAAGCAUCUGCUUUGCAGUAUCCAGAUGGAUCAAAGCAUUUCCACCAGCCUGCCCUGGGCACUAAUCACUUAACUGCAUCGAUGGCUGGCCUGAAUCUACAGCAAGAAGGAUUAAAACCUGUGAAUCUUCUUCAAGAAAGAAAUAUUCUUCCUACGACCCUCUUGAAGCCUCCUGUCCCAAACUUGCAUGAAGAGAUCCAGAAGCUCAACUGCAAUCCUGAGUUGUUCCGCUGUACCCUGACUAACAUUCCUCAAACUCAGGCCUUAUUGAAUAAAGCCAAACUUCCUUUGGGGCUCCUGCUUCAUCCUUUCAAAGACUUAUCGCAAUUGCCUGUGGUCACUUCAAGUACCAUCGUGAGAUGCCGUUCCUGCCGGACCUACAUUAACCCUUUUGUCAGCUUUCUAGACCAAAGGAGAUGGAAAUGCAAUUUGUGCUACAGAGUGAACGAUGUUCCUGAAGAAUUCAUGUAUAAUCCUGUGACAAGAGUUUAUGGAGAACCUCAUAAAAGACCUGAAGUCCAGAAUGCUACUAUUGAGUUUAUGGCUCCAUCUGAAUACAUGCUACGUCCACCUCAGCCACCCGUGUACCUCUUCGUGUUUGAUGUCUCUCAUAACGCAAUCGAGACGGGAUACUUGAACACAGUCUGCCAGACCCUGUUAGACAAUCUUGACUUGCUUCCUGGGAACACUAGAACAAAAAUAGGCUUCAUAACAUUUGACAGAACAAUCCAUUUCUACAGUCUUCAGGAAGGUCUCUCUCAGCCUCAGAUGCUUAUAGUUUCAGAUAUUGAAGAUGUAUUUAUACCAAUGCCAGAAAACCUACUAGUAAAUUUAAAUGAAAAUAAAGAGCUAAUUCAGGACCUGUUGAGGACCUUGCCACAGAUGUUUACCAAGUCCCUGGAAACUCAGAGUGCCCUGGGGCCUGCGUUACAGGCUGCCUUUAAACUCAUGUCCCCCACUGGAGGGAGAAUCUCUGUCUUCCAGACACAGCUUCCCUCUGUGGGAAUGGGAGCGCUGAAGUCCCGGGAAGAGCCAAACCAAAGAGCAACUGCAAAGGACAUACAUCUGACACCAUCGACUGAUUUUUACAAGAAGUUGGCCUUGGACUGCUCAGGGCAACAAGUUGCAGUGGAUUUAUUUCUUCUUAGUGGACAAUAUUCUGACUUGGCUUCUCUAGGUUGUAUAUCGAGGUAUUCUGCGGGGAGUGUCUAUUACUACCAGUCUUACCAUCAUAAACACAACCCUGUCCAGGUGGAGAAAUUGCAAAAGGAACUGAAACGAUAUUUAACUAGAAAGAUUGGCUUUGAGGCUGUCAUGAGGAUAAGAUGCACCAAAGGUCUUUCCAUUCACACUUUCCAUGGGAACUUCUUCGUACGCUCUACAGACUUGCUGUCCUUGCCCAACGUGAACCCGGACGCGGGAUACGCCGUGCAGAUGUCAGUAGAGGAGAGUCUCACCGAUAUGCAAGUCGUUUCUUUUCAGUCUGCUCUCCUCUACACAUCCAGCAAAGGUGAAAGACGGAUUCGUGUCCACACAAUGUGCUUACCUGUUGUAACAACACUGAGCGAUGUCUACCUCGGGGCAGAUGUACAAGCCAUCACUGGGCUGUUGGCCAACAUGGCUGUGGACCGAUCGGUUUCUGCUACCUUGAGUGAUGCUCGGGAUGCCUUGGUCAACGCAGUGAUAGAUUCGUUAUCCGCUUACCGUUCAUCGGUCCUGAGCAUUCAGCAGCCUGGGCUCAUGGCCCCCCACUCGCUGCGGCUCUUCCCCCUUUACGUACUGGCGCUCCUAAAGCAGAAAGCAUUUCAAACUGGGACAACCGCGCGUUUAGAUGAACGCAUUUUUACCAUGUGUCAAGUGAAAAACCAGCCCCUGGUGUACCUCAUGCUGAUGACACAUCCCAGCCUGUACCGCGUCGAUAACCUCACGGAUGAGGGGGCUCUGAACAUAAAUGACAGAACUAUACCUCAGCCACCCAUUCUCCAGCUGUCAGUGGAGAAGUUGAGCAGGGAUGGUGCUUACCUUAUGGAUGCUGGCUCUGUAAUGUUUCUGUGGAUCGGGAAGAACUGUGGGCAGAACUUCAUCAGCCAAGUCCUUGGAGUUCCAAAUUAUGGCUCAAUACCACAGAAUAUGACACAUCUCCCAGAACUUGAAACUGCGGAAUCCAUCAGAACAAUAUCUUUCAUUUCUUGGCUGAGAGAACAGAGACCUUUCUUUCCUAUACUAUAUAUAGUAAAGGAUGACAGUCCAUUGAAAUCAAGUUUUCUGCAAAACAUGAUUGAAGACAGAACAGAAUCAGCCUUAUCAUACUAUGAAUUCCUCCUUCAUAUACAGCAGCAAGUGAAUAAAUGAAACACUAGCCUUUGGCUCACCUCUUUAAGGAAAGAUUUUGCAGUAAAGAACGAUUGUGCUUGUAAUGUCUUCAUUAAAUCUGUGGCCUGAGGCAGUUGAUGAGAAGUUCUCACUGUGAUUUCAACGAACUAAAGCAAAUAAAGGACCACAUCUGAGAAUCAAAUGUGCAACUACGUAAUAUUGUACCUUAAAAAAAAAAAAAUCAAACUGGUGGAACUGGUUGAGCACCUUUGAUUUGCUGCAAAUCAUGUUUUUACUGUAAGUAGUUGCAGCAUGAAGUACAUUUACAAAGGCAAUACUGAAAAGGUGAAAUACAUUUUGUAAAAUAAAGAGUUCUUUGUUGUUCAAAAUGUAUAUUUCUGUAACUCUCUGCAUAUUUUUUUUUUUUUUUUUUUUUGCUGCUAGAUAUAAAAACCUCACAAAUACUGAUCAUGAUUUGCAGGGAAAUUCUUUCUGAGUGCAUCCAGUGAUUACAGACAGAGCAUCUCAGUGUUCGACUUAAUGCUUAAAGUAGCAAUGAAACAACUGUUCAUUGUGAAACGAACAAAAAUACUUAACGAAGUGUAGAAUCCAGUGCUUUGGAUUGGAUUAUGGCUAAUAGGACUAAAGGUAAGCUUAACCCGGACACAGAGGGCUGAAUUUGUUAAAGCUUUUAAUAAGUCAGUAUUCUAAUUAAAAAACUAGUGGGGAGGAGCAGGCCCUACGUGAGACACAUUUGAAAAAGUCAGUGGCUGAGUCAGCAGCAAAAGCAGCCUGAGGUAGAGCUUGAUUUUUUCUUCUUAAUUUCAGUCUGUGAAUGGGGAGGGAGGGGAAGGGCGAGGAAGGUUCUCUCCUGGGUUUUUAGGUUUACGUCUAGUCGGCUUUUAGCUCUUGUUUACAUUAACUGAAAGUUAAGCCCCAAAACUCUGGUGUGAUUCUGAAGUGAGUUUGUACGACAGCACCUCAAACCUCCUGUUUUGAGACAACGUUGAAUAUUCUGAUGUUGAAAUUGGAAAAUAAGUUAUUUUUCUAAAGACAAAAAUAUUAUUGUGCGUUUGAAGAUUUGUUUCGGGUUUGAGUCAUGCUUGAAGUUUGCAAGAAAUUGGGUUUUUUUUACUGCAGCUGUGUAAUGAGCCUAGGUCCAAAGCCAGUGUGCACCAAAUAAGAGCUUUAAAUGUACUCUCAGAUCCCUGCCAGAGCUGCAGAUGGAAGCUGAUAUUGGACUUGAAUUGAAAAUUGAUAUACAAAAAUAUUUCUAUAAAAGCAUAUUGAGAAUUGUUCCAUUUUGGAGAUGAAGCUAUCAUUGAGCUACCAAUGUAAAGAGUAUUUAAGUUACUGUAUCCUUAUGCCCCUGGAAGUGUUUCAUAUGGAAAAAUCUUGGUUUACCUUGGUGGGUUUUUUUUGUUUAACAGUGCUAAACUUAAAGGUCUUGCAAAACUUACUUCCUGGGGCAAGUAACUUGAACAGGUGAAACACUUACAAGUGAUCAAACGUACUGUGCUGAGGCUGGUGAACUCUCACUCUGUGAUACAAAGGACACGGUGGGGGAGUCGUGUCCUGCCACUUCAGGCUGGAGCUGCAGGUGCUCGUUCAGGAGUUGCCUUAUUUCAGGGGAGGAGCUUCUUUUGGGAAAUCCUUCUUGUCGCUUGAGCGCAAGGAGCCGAUGUUCAGAACAAAGUCAAAAAUAGCAUGAAAAGAUUAUUGUAGAACCAAUUUAAGCUUCCCUGUCUGCUGCCUCCGUAGCAAACAGGAGUAUAUUUACUUGAACAGCGUUUCAGAGAAUUGCACAGUUUCUAGUCAUAAUGAAGAGGGGUUUUUUUUAAGUUUUGACAGUAUGAUUUUUUAUUUUUUUUUCCUGGAAAGGAGUCUCUUCAUUUAAAUCAUAAAUGGAAGCUAUGCACCUGCAUAGGUUAUGACUUAAAACUUGUGUUUUACAUAUAUUAUCACUCAGAUGUUGAAAAUCAUCCUUGCAUCUAACAGCCCACCCAAAGUCUGUUUCUUACUAUGACUCUAUUUUGCUACUAUAUCCCUUAUUUUAUUUUUCUUUUUAAAAACGUAAAUGUUGGAGAUGGCUUCGUUGCUUUAUGUGCACCAGACUAAUGGCUCAAGGUGUCGGUCUUUGUGGCAAUUAACAGCUUGGAAUUAGAGUCCUUAAGUUUUAGAGAGCAAAACAUUUUAAACAAGAAUCAGAUGAAACCCUCUCGGGGUUCUCUUCACUUUGGAAGAAUUUCUGUAUUGACCUUGGUUAGUUUAUCCCUGGCAGUGGGAAGGGCCUGCUUGGUCCCCCUGGUAUUGCUGUAAGGGCAGGACAGGGCAGAGGGACACACAAAAUACCUACAAUGUGCCAUUUUUACCUACAAUUGAAAAAUGAGGACACUGAAGAUGAACUGCAAAAAUAGGCAAGAGUGGCUCUGGUAUUUAGAUCUCAGCACGACAACUCUACCACUGCAAAUGUACUCUAUUUUUCUAGUUGAAGACUUUUUUCUUUUUUUUUAAGAAAAAAAAAUCUAUUUCUGUAUUUGACACAUUAGUGUUCAGCCAACAUUGUUACCAUCCAUUUUACUUUGCUUUCAUUAUCGUUUUUAAUUUAAUAUAUUUGAGUUGAAGUCCACAUAGACUAUGUCGCAAUAACUAGAAUGAUUCACUUUUAUUUAGAAUUAAUUUCUUAGCAGAAUUUAAUCAAAGAUGCAGAAUGGCUGUUAAAUAAGGGACCAUUAAAUGUGAUUUUAAGGUUCUGUUUACUAUUAUGGAUGUAUUCCUUAUAGUAAAUUUAAUUUUGUAAAGUAGUGUAUGAUAUUGUAAUAUUAAAUCUUUGUUUUCUGAACUCAAAACAUUUGAUCUUCAGUAUGAAGUUAUAAAUCUUCCCCCUUCUGAAUUUGAGACAGGAUUUACUUGUCCUCCUUUUUACAGUUUGUAAUUUUCACUGUUUUAUUCCUGUAAAAAGUCAUUUGUAACACAUGCAAAUGCUUAUUUUAUCUGUGCUAAUUUAUCAGAUUUGGCUACUCAAUAAAAUUAAUUGAAAGAACUCA